UGGGGGAGGGGCGGCGGUGCUCUGAGCCCCCAGGCCUCGGUGGCACCCCGUCCCCUCCGGCUCGGGCACCGGGAAGCCACGUCCGCCCUUCCCAGGGCUCUGCAGUGCCCAGCGAGCACGUCGGGCUUUCAGGGUGCCUGUCACUGCUGCAGGGUUUCCAGCGUUCCUGGACCCGCGGCGGGCAGCUCCAGGCCCCUCCUGCGGGGCAGGGCUGCCCAGGGCUGUGCGGCUACGGUCACUGGGAGCCGGAGCCGGAGCCGGAGCCGGAGCCGUCGCCCCAGGAGUCCAGUCUGUCUGCCUCUCGGGGCUCUGCUCCCUCCCCAACUUUCUAGGCAUUCAUCUCUUGCUGUGCCUCGGGGAGGAGAGUCCGGAGCCCUGUCGUGUCCUCAGAGCCGAGCCGGGCUGCGUGACUGUCCCUUAGGAGACGUGCCCACCGUCCGGACGUCUGUGCCGGUGGCGGCGCGAGGGCUCAUUUUUCCAGAAGCCCCCGUUCCGUGCCCACGACCCACAGGUGCCCCGGUCUGCUCCUCGGGGUGCGGGAUUCUCCUCCUGGUCCCCCCGCCCCGGGUGCUGACCGGGACGAGGCUGGUGCAGAAAAGCCCUUUUCUGUGGUUGGUCCCGGCCUGAGCCUUGGGCCGCGAGCCAGAGGGCAGCGGGGCUCCCCCGUCUCCGUCUCCAUCUCCGUCUCCGUCUCCGGCGCGGGCGGCGUCUCUGACUCCGCUUGUCUGGGCCGGGACGCAGGUCUGACCGGCUGGGCGGGUUUCCUUCCUGAUCCUCCCUGAGAGGAACGUGCAGCCAGCGGGCUCGGUGUCCUGCGCUCAGCUCGGGCCUGGCCCUUCCCCCCCUGAACGUCCAUCUCACUUGUCAUGGACGGAGCAUCCUUCCUGUCCCGUGUGUGCCGAGUUGCCUGUCAGGCUCUCGUCUGUCUGCAGUUCGGGAAGCCGGCUUUUCCCAGCUUCCGUCCCUGGUACAUGGCCCAGAGCAAGCACGCCGAGGCCCGCGAGCUCAUGUGCUCAGGAGCCCUGCUGUUCUUCAGCCACGGCCAGCAAAACAGUGCGGCUGAUUUGUCCAUGCUGGUCCUGGAGUCGCUGGAGAAGGCGGAGGCCGAGGUGGUCGAUGAGCUGCUGGAAAGUCUGGCCAAGCUGUUCAGUCUGAUGGAUCCCAACUCCCCGGAGCGAGUGGCAUUUGUGUCUCGAGCCCUGAAGUGGUCCAGUGGGGGGUCCGGGAAGCUGGGCCACCCCCGGCUCCACCAGCUGCUGGCCCUCACCCUGUGGAAAGAACAGAACUACUGCGAGUCCCGGUACCACUUCCUGCACUCCAGCGACGGCGAGGGCUGCGCCGACAUGCUGGUGGAGUACUCCACGGCCCGGGGCUUCCGCAGCGAGGUGGACAUGUUCGUGGCCCAGGCUGUCCUCCAGUUUCUCUGUUUAAAAAACAAAAGCAGCGCGUCAGUGGUGUUCACGACGUACACACGGAAACAUCCGUCCAUCGAGAGCGGCCCUCCCUUCGUGCAGCCCCUGCUCAACUUCAUCUGGUUUCUGCUGCUGGCCGUCGAUGGGGGGAAGCUGACGGUGUUCACGGUGCUGUGUGAGCAGUACCAGCCGUCCCUCCGGCGGGACCCCAUGUACAACGAGUACCUCGACAGGAUAGGACAGCUGUUCUUCGGCGUGCCGCCCAAGCAGACGUCUUCCUACGGAGGCUUGCUAGGGAACCUUCUGAGCAGCCUCAUGGGCUCCUCGGAGCAGGAGGGCGAGGACAGUCAGGACGACAGCAGCCCCAUCGAGCUCGACUGACACCCGCGGACCUGCACGGACUCGGCCUGGACCGCGGCGGGUGCGGCUCCCGAUGCGGGUUCAGACCCGGGCCCCCUGGCUCUGGCCGAGGCCGAGGGGCCGCACGUUGGGUGUUCUGGGGCUGCCGCGGCCGUGCCAGCCGGGCCGCCGUGUACCUUGAGAUGACCCCAAUAAAGCACAGGCCCUGCCGCGCCUCCUC